CCCCGUGUAAGAGUGAGGAGAAGGAGGACAUUCCAGUCCAUGUGACCACAGAAAAUCCCUGUAAGAAGCCUGGAGGAAACAUCCUGUUAUCUCUAGAUUAUAAAGAAGAUCAGGAUAUGAUGCAGUUCUCUUCACUAGAAAACCUUGUUACCUGCAAUGUACAUCCAGAACUUAACAGUGCAGAUCCAUCAUAUAAUCCACCCAAUCAUCAGGAACCUUCUCCUGACCAAACACAGUUUGUUACCACAACUACUGGGCGGAAAGGUGGUAAAAGAUUUCAAUGUGUGGAAUGUGGAAAACAGUUUAGAUAUAAUUUAGAACUUUCUGUACACAGAAGAAGUCACAGAAGAGAAAAGCCAUAUUCAUGUACACAAUGUGGAAAAUGUUUUACCAUUAAAUCAAGCCUUGAGGAACAUAAGAGAAGUCACAAAGGAGAGAAGCCAUAUUCAUGUUCAGAAUGUGGAAAAUGUUUUACCAUUAAAUCAAGCCUUGAGGAACAUAAGAGAAGUCACAAAGGAGAGAAGCCAUAUUUAUGUUCAGAAUGUGGAAAAUGUUUUACCAAGAAAUCAAAUCUUGAUCAGCAUAAGAGAAUUCACACAGGAGAGAAGCCGUAUUCAUGUUCAGAAUGUGAGAAAUGCUUUACACACAAAUCACAGCUUGUUAGACAUCACAUAAUUCAUACAGGAGAUAAUUCGUAUUCAUGUCCAGAAUGUGGUAAAUGCUUUACAAGUAAAUCAUGUCUUGUUAUACAUGAGAGAAUUCACACAGGAGAGAAGCCAUAUACAUGUUCACUGUGUGAAAAAUGUUUUAGAUAUAGAUCAGAUUGGAUUACACAUGAGAGAAUUCACACAGGAGAGAAGUCAUACUCCUGCUUAGAAUGUGGGAAAUGCUUUAUAAGUAAAUCUAGUCUUGUUAAACAUGAAAGAAUUCACACUGGAAAAAAGCCUUAUUCAUGUUCAGAAUGUGGGAAAUCGUUUAGAGAUAAAUCAAGUCUCGUUAAACAUGAGCGAAUUCACACAGGAGAGAAGCCGUAUUCAUGUUCGGAAUGUGGCAAAUGUUGUAUAAGUAAAUCAGAGCUUAUUGUGCAUCAGAGAAUUCACACAGGAGAAAAGCCUUAUUUAUGUUCAGAAUGUGGAAAAUGCUUUAUAAGUAAAUCAGAACUUCAUAUGCAUCAGAGAAUUCACACAGGAGAGAAGCCAUAUUCAUGUUCAGAAUGUGGAAAAUGUUUUAUAAAUAAAUCAUCUCUUGUUACUCAUGAGAGAAGCCACACAGGAGAGAAGCCGUAUUCAUGUACUGUAUGUGGAAAAUGUUUUACACAAAAUGCAACUCUUGUUAAACAUAAAAGAAUUCACACAGGAGAGAAGCCAUAUUCAUGUUCAGAUUGUGGGAAAUGCUUUACCAAUCAGUCACAUCUUGCUAGACAUGAGAGAAGUCACACAGGACGUAAGCCGUAUUCAUGUUCAGAAUGUGGAAAAUGCUUUACCCAGAAAUCAAGUCUUGUUACACAUGAGAAAAGUCACAAAGGGGAGAAGCCAUAUUCCUGUUUAAAGUGUGGGAAAUGUUUUACAAAAAAACAAAGUCUUGUUACUCAUGAGAGAUGUCACACUGGAGAGAAGCCAUAUUCGUGUUCAGAAUGUGGGAAAUGCUUUACAAACCAGUCACAGCUUGCUAGACAUGAGAGAUGUCACACAGGAGAGAAACCGUAUUCAUGUUCAGAGUGUGGGAAAUGUUUUACUCAGAAAUCAGAUCUUGCAAGACAUGAGAGAAUUCACACAGGAGAGAAGUCAUAUUCAUGCUUAGAAUGUGGGAAAUGUUUUACAAACAAAUCAAAUCUUGUUCUACAUGAAAGAAUUCACACAGGAGAGAACCAAUCCCCUCUGGAUGAAAAUCUGAUGGAUAUUAAGGCUGAGGCUAAAGAUGAAGCAGAAGAGGAGACGGAUUUAUUGGGAGAUCAGCAGUGUAAGCACGGGGGGGUCUGUCAUGGGUCACCUGGAGACUACUUCCAUCAUCUCAUCAUCACAUGUACACCCCCGUGUAAGAGUGAGGAGAAGGAGGACAUUCCAGUCCAUGUGACCACAGAAAAUCCCUGUAAGAAGCCUGGAGGAAACAUCCUGUUAUCUCUAGAUUAUAAAGAAGAUCAGGAUAUGAUGCAGUUCUCUUCACUAGAAAACCUUGUUACCUGCAAUGUACAUCCAGAACUUAACAGUGCAGAUCCAUCAUAUAAUCCACCCAAUCAUCAGGAACCUUCUCCUGACCAAACACAGUUUGUUACCACAACUACUGGGCGGAAAGGUGGUAAAAGAUUUCAAUGUGUGGAAUGUGGAAAACAGUUUAGAUAUAAUUUAGAACUUUCUGUACACAGAAGAAGUCACAGAAGAGAAAAGCCAUAUUCAUGUACACAAUGUGGAAAAUGUUUUACCAUUAAAUCAAGCCUUGAGGAACAUAAGAGAAGUCACAAAGGAGAGAAGCCAUAUUCAUGUUCAGAAUGUGGAAAAUGUUUUACCAUUAAAUCAAGCCUUGAGGAACAUAAGAGAAGUCACAAAGGAGAGAAGCCAUAUUUAUGUUCAGAAUGUGGAAAAUGUUUUACCAAGAAAUCAAAUCUUGAUCAGCAUAAGAGAAUUCACACAGGAGAGAAGCCGUAUUCAUGUUCAGAAUGUGAGAAAUGCUUUACACACAAAUCACAGCUUGUUAGACAUCACAUAAUUCAUACAGGAGAUAAUUCGUAUUCAUGUCCAGAAUGUGGUAAAUGCUUUACAAGUAAAUCAUGUCUUGUUAUACAUGAGAGAAUUCACACAGGAGAGAAGCCAUAUACAUGUUCACUGUGUGAAAAAUGUUUUAGAUAUAGAUCAGAUUGGAUUACACAUGAGAGAAUUCACACAGGAGAGAAGUCAUACUCCUGCUUAGAAUGUGGGAAAUGCUUUAUAAGUAAAUCUAGUCUUGUUAAACAUGAGAGAAUUCACACUGGAAAAAAGCCUUAUUCAUGUUCAGAAUGUGGGAAAUCGUUUAGAGAUAAAUCAAGUCUUGUUAAACAUGAGCGAAUUCACACAGGAGAGAAGCCGUAUUCAUGUUCGGAAUGUGGCAAAUGUUGUAUAAGUAAAUCAGAGCUUAUUGUGCAUCAGAGAAUUCACACAGGAGAAAAGCCUUAUUUAUGUUCAGAAUGUGGAAAAUGCUUUAUAAGUAAAUCAGAACUUCAUAUGCAUCAGAGAAUUCACACAGGAGAGAAGCCAUAUUCAUGUUCAGAAUGUGGAAAAUGUUUUAUAAAUAAAUCAUCUCUUGUAACUCAUGAGAGAAGCCACACAGGAGAGAAGCCGUAUUCAUGUACUGUAUGUGGAAAAUGUUUUACACAAAAUGCAACUCUUGUUAAACAUAAAAGAAUUCACACAGGAGAGAAGCCAUAUUCAUGUUCAGAUUGUGGGAAAUGCUUUACCAAUCAGUCACAUCUUGCUAGACAUGAGAGAAGUCACACAGGACGUAAGCCGUAUUCAUGUUCAGAAUGUGGAAAAUGCUUUACCCAGAAAUCAAGUCUUGUUACACAUGAGAAAAGUCACAAAGGGGAGAAGCCAUAUUCCUGUUUAAAGUGUGGGAAAUGUUUUACAAAAAAACAAAGUCUUGUUACUCAUGAGAGAUGUCACACUGGAGAGAAGCCAUAUUCGUGUUCAGAAUGUGGGAAAUGCUUUACAAACCAGUCACAGCUUGCUAGACAUGAGAGAUGUCACACAGGAGAGAAACCGUAUUCAUGUUCAGAGUGUGGGAAAUGUUUUACUCAGAAAUCAGAUCUUGCAAGACAUGAGAGAAUUCACACAGGAGAGAAGUCAUAUUCAUGCUUAGAAUGUGGGAAAUGUUUUACAAACAAAUCAAAUCUUGUUCUACAUGAAAGAAUUCACACAGGAGAGAACCAAUGUUGAUGUUUUGUAUAGGAUUUUUUUUUAGAAGAAAAAUAAAUGUUGAAACUCCUUAUCUUAUUCACACAGAAAAUAAACCAUAUAAUUCUGUUAGGAAUGAGGGAAAUGUUAUGCGAAAAAUAGGACUUUAUUCAUGAAACAGCUUUAUUUACUGUCAGAGCAAUGACGAUGAAUUGUCCCCAUGAAUCUUGCUUCUUCUUACUGUAUUCAUACCUCCAACCGGGAAACUCCAGGGGGACAAAGUGUAAGGGGAAGAACACCCUAUGGAGACCUUUAUGUAACAUACAUAUAUGGACAUAUUGAUAAGUGAUCUUUAUUCAUACAGUAUAUAAAGGUGAUGGAUUAGAAGAAUUGUUAGCAGCGCUGGGACUCUAGGUUUGAAUCUAAGGACAGCAUCUACAUGGAGUUUGUAUUUUCCGUCUGUGUUCUCCACUUUCAUCUGGGUUCUCCACUUUCAUCUCACACUCAAGAAAUAUACUAAGACAGGGAUGGCUAACCUUCAGCUCUCCGGCUGUUGCAAAACUACAACUCCCUGUAUGCCCAGAGAGCCUAUAGCUAUCAGGGCAUGUUGGGAGUUAUAGUUUUGCAACCUCUGGAGGGCUGCAGGUUGGGCAUCCCUGUACUAAGAUGUUACAGAUUUGGCUUCUCUUUAUUUUCCUGUGCUGAAAAUAGUCACUUGCUAAUAUAAUGUCUUUAGAAGAUCUGCUCUGAAGUCCUUAUUAUUAUACCGAUGCCACUUCUGUACUCCAAUUGGCCUCACUGCUUUUAUGGCUCUCCCGUUCUGAACAUGGUUACUUAUGGAGGGAUUUGUGACUAGACCAGUCUAUCAGCAGCCUCCAUUGAAUAUCACUGUGUAUGGGCUGGGAAACUAGCGCAUGUGCAGUGAUUGCUGCUGAUUGACAGGUUGGUCACCUGCUCCAUCAGUGGCCAUGUUAGGGCAGUAGCACCACUGUUUCAGGAAGUGCCAACUAUGACCUCAAUUCUGGAAGUUAUUUUAAGGGGCUAGUGAUGAGGAUGUGACAACCACAGAUUAUUAUAAAAAAUAUUAUAUGAAUAAAACAAAAUAAAAACA